AUGUCAGUCCAAAGACCCGAAUUUGAUUCCUUACCCUUGCGCAAAGAUGGACCGGUCGGUAACGCUUGGGGUAUGUUUGGGGAUCAUGAUCAGCUGGGCAUGCUCAAUCUUCUGACACCUGAGAAUACUGCUGCGGCUGCCCGUGAGAUUGUCGAAGGUGUGCGUGUCUCAACCGACUGGGCUCUCAAUAGCAUGACCACCCCUUGCUUUGGCCGAUCUGCCUUUGAACACGUUCUGAAGAAUAAGGCUCCCCGGGCCGUCAACGAUGAUAUAUUAGUCUUCAACACACAGAGUAGCUCUCAAUGGGAUGGCUUUCGACACUAUGGAUCGAAACAAGGAACUUACUACAAUGGGUGCACACAGGAGGAUAUCCGGAACUCAACCCGGAAUGGCAUUCAUGUAUGGGCUGAGAAUGGGGGUAUUGUUGGACGGGGGGUUCUUUUGGACUAUGCCGGCUGGGCAGAAGCCAAGGGACACGAUGUAAACUGCUUUGAAACCCAGUCGAUCCCCGUUUCAGUUCUUCAAGAUGUGGCUACUAGCCAGAAGACCACAUUCCGACCUGGGGAUAUUUUGUUCAUCCGCACUGGCUGGACUCGAGCGUACGAGAGGCUGUCCCCUGCCGAAUGCCAGCAACUGGCUGAUUAUACCGCGCCUCCAGUCAUUGGUGUAGAGUCAUCCGAAUCCAUGCUGCGCUGGAUCUGGGAUCAAAGCUUCGCUGCUGUCGUGGGAGAUAUGCCGAGCUUUGAAGCAUAUCCAUGCCAAAACUCAGACUUUUUCCUUCACGAGUGGUUGCUGGCUGGCUGGGGUGUUCCGAUCGGAGAGCUUUUCGACCUGGAGCGACUGAGCCAGGAGUGUCGCAAGAGAGAUCGCUGGACAUUUUUCUUUAGUAGUGUGCCAUUAAAGGUUCCUGGUGGAGUUGCCAGUCCACCAAAUGGCGUGGCUAUAUUUUGA